AUGAACCGUGGUUCGAGAGAAGAACUCCUGGGCAGUUCGCAAGAGGCGAUCAGGAACAGCCAGGUUGACAUCGCGAGUUUUCAAGAAAAGCCUCUCACUAAGGAGGAAAAGAAUUUCCUUCUUAACGCCGACAGAGGAGAUUAUAAUACUGUUAAAAGACUUAUAGAAGAAUAUGCAACUAGACCGGAGAUACUCGACAUCAACUGCGUGGACCCUCUCAACCGGUCCGCGCUCAUCGCCGCCAUCGAAAACGAAAACAUCGAACUAAUUAAGCUUUUGCUGAAAGCUGGGAUCAAAGUUAAAGAUGCGCUAUUGCAUGCCAUUAAGGAAGAGUACGUGGAGGCCGUAGAACUGUUACUGCAGUGGGAAGAGGAGACCCAUGUCCCCGGCGAGCCUUAUAGCUGGGAAUCCGUAGACCCAGCAGCGGCAACGUUCACAUCGGAUAUAACGCCGCUCAUCCUGGCAGCGCACGUCAACCACUACGAGAUACUCAAGUUGUUGCUAGAUCGCGGCGCUACACUACCCGUGCCCCACGACGUCAAAUGCGGCUGUGAUGAAUGCGUGAAAUCAUCUUCCGAAGACUCCCUCCGGCACUCCCAAGCGCGUAUAAAUGCUUAUCGCGCUUUGAGUUCGCCGUCGCUUAUUGCGUUAUCGUCUGCGGACCCUUUACUUACUGCCUUCGAACUGUCCUGGGAACUGGGCAGGCUUAGCCGCAUGGAGACCGAGUUUAGAAUAGAAUAUAAGACCCUGCGUCAGCAAUGUCAAGAAUUUGCUACUGCUUUACUGGACCACACGAGGACUUCACAAGAGUUAGAAAUCAUGUUGAACUAUAACCCAUGGGAUAUGGACAGUUGGGAGCCUGGAGAACGGCAGACAUUAGGACGACUAAAAUUAGCUAUCAAGUAUAAGCAGAAAAUGUUUGUAGCACAUCCUAAUGUACAGCAGUUACUAGGUACAAUUUGGUACGAAGGCUUGCCUGGUUUCAAGAGAAAAGGAAUGGUCGGACAAUGUGUACAGGUCGCGAAAAUGGGUGCGAUGUUUCCAGUUUACUGCACUAUCUACAUGCUCGCACCCGACUCAGAAUAUGGUCAAUUCAUGAAAAAACCCUUUGUCAAAUUCAUCAGUCACAGUUCCUCAUACAUGAUGUUCCUUAUGUUACUGUCUCUGGCAUCUCAAAGAGCUGAAUACUUAGUCUUGGAAUGGUCUGGUAUAUCAUGGCUGCAAGAGCUGGUUGAAUUUUGGAAAGCACGCGAGAGAGGCUCAUUACCUGGUCUGAUCGAAUCUACUGUCAUCCUCUUCAUAGCAAGUUUAGUUUGGGGAGAAAUACGAUCACUUUGGGAAAAUGGUCUCAUGGAAUACAUAAGCGAUUUGUGGAAUAUAGUGGAUUUCAUCACCAAUGUGUUUUACAUAGCAUGGAUAAGUUUACGAUUCUCUUCCUGGUAUAUUGUGCAGCGAGACUAUCAUAGUGGCAAAGAUCCUUGGUACCCACGAGAACGUUGGGACUCAUUCGAUCCGAUGCUGCUUUCGGAAGGCGCCUUUGCAGCUGGCAUGAUCUUCUCCUUCCUCAAGCUGGUCCACAUCUUCUCCAUCAACCCCUACCUUGGACCGCUGCAAGUGUCUCUCGGCAGAAUGAUUAUCGAUAUCAUUAAAUUCUUCUUCGUCUACAUGUUGGUGCUAUUUGCCUUUGCAUGCGGUCUUAACCAGCUGAUGUGGUACUAUGCUGAGUUGGAGAAGAAUAAAUGCUAUCACCAUCCAUCUGGUGCACCUGAUUUUGAUACUCAAGAACGAGCUUGUAGUAUUUGGAGACGAUUUUCAAACUUAUUCGAAACAUCUCAAUCACUUUUCUGGGCGUCAUUCGGUCUCGUCGAUCUCACCACCUUCGAACUGACUGGUAUUAAGAGUUUCACUAGAUUUUGGGCCUUGUUAACCUUUGGAUCGUACUCCGUGAUCAAUAUUAUUGUACUCCUAAACAUGCUCAUUGCUAUGAUGUCUAAUUCCUACCAGAUAAUUUCGGAAAGAGCUGAUGUAGAAUGGAAGUUCGCUCGCAGCAACCUGUGGAUGUCCUACUUCGAAGAUGGCGACACUGUGCCUCCACCUUUCAAUAUAAUCCCUACACCAAAACACGUGAACGGUUGGGUGCAGAGGAUCCUUAAUAAGAGACAAAGGGGAUCCAUUAUUAACAAAUCCCGAGAGAAAGCUCGUCACCAACACGAAGCUGUGAUGCGAAUCCUAGUAAGGAGAUACGUCACAGCUGAACAGCGUGACCGAGACGAUGUGGGGGUCACUGAAGACGACGUCAUGGAGAUCAGACAGGACAUAUCCACUCUGCGCUUCGAGCUGAUAGACAUCUUCUCGAAUAACGGCAUGAAGACACCGAGGAUCAACCUUCAAGAUACUACAAUAUCUGGCAAGAAGGGCAAGGUAAUGGAAAGAAGAAUUCUUAAGGACUUCCAAAUAGGCAUAGUGGAGGGUAUCAUAAAGGACGUGAUAUCGAAGGAGAGCAAGCCUAAGGACGUAUUCAGUCAGAUCGCCAAGGCGAUUGUAAGGCGAGGCAGUGAAAGUGACAAGAAAAAGGAUUGGAAUGCGCAAAUACGCAGAAGUACGAUACGGAAGGAUCCUAUUGGUUCGACAGCCGAAGCUGAGACAAAGAAGAGCAGGCAAUCUCUUAGGGCUCAUAUUCUGGAUAACGUGCAAGCUAGAACCAUCGAUCCGCAGAAACUAUUACAAUACAAUCCUAACCUAUCUGCUGUGACGCCGACGGCAAGAGUUGCGUACGCCAAGUUCAUGAGGAGCAAGAUAAAAUCUGAUUUCACUGACAAAGAGAAUGAUAAACUAGAAGAAGCAGCUGAGCUAAAAGAGUCUACAGUUAAGGACGUUCGUCAAGCAUUCAAACCCAAAACACCUAUAUCAGUGAAAACAGAAGAUGAGAAUGUCAAAGCAAAUGAAAUUAAAGUUGAAGCGGAUAUAGAAAAUAAAGGUUCGGCCGCUAGCUCUGAACAACCAACACUAAAACCGACCUCUUCAGGACCAUCUCCACCAAGUACUCCAGCAUCUACUACAAAAUCUGAUAAAGAAACCACACCUCCAAAGACACCUGACACAAAGGAACACGUUAUCCAAAUAGAACCAGAGUCACCAUCAAGUAGCCUCUAUAUAACUAAGGAAGAGGAUAAAAAUUUGCAGAAACCAAUAUCGCCAACACCAAGUGGACCUUCAGAACAGAUUCUUUCCGCAGCCACUCUAGAAGCUGAUCAAAAAGAAGAAAAAUCUAAAUCAGUGAAAAUAGAUGUAGAAGAGCCAAAGAAAGAAGAAGAAUCUAAGCCCAAAGAUUCAAAACCCAAAGAGCCCAAGGAAACAAAACCUAAAGAACCAAAACCCCCUAAAGAUAGCGCUGGACCUUCAAGACCACCUCCUUCUACGGCUCCUCCAAAGCCUGCAUUGCCAACUGAUAAGGGAAAAUCUAAAGUUACGGGCAAAAUUGUUUCAGGAUGGCUG